AUGCGCUUGAUUAUAUCCACUGCCGCUUUACUUGCCUAUGCUGGCUUUAGCACGGCUAAUGUAUGCACUCUUGUUGGCUAUACUUGGGAAGACCAGGACGUCUUCGGCGGUGUCUCCGGCGAAGCCUAUGGCGAUGAAGGCUUCGAGCUCUACUACCAAGGAGGCGUUCAUAUUUCCGGUGGAGUCUUCAGCAGAGAUGGCGGUGCCUUCAACUCAGUAGCGAAACAUACAAUCGACCAACAUUAUCUUCAUACUGCCGAGUCUAUUAUUGUGAGCUUGAUUCAAUUCGUCCCUCGAUCGUGGGACUUUGACCACAGAAUGUAA